AUGGUGUUUCGCGGCAAACCAUCUAAAGCUUGCGAAAGAUGUAGAGAGCGAAGACUACGGUGCGACCAGCAACGGCCAAAUUGCAGCUCUUGUGCUAGAGUAGGAACAGCAUGUACCGGCUAUCGCGACACAACCAACCUCCGGAUUAGCGACCAAACCGACUCUGUACGGACAAAAGCCCUGGCAAAUGUAAAGUCUUCUAAGAAGCAACCAAGUGCUGGCGAACCAAAAACAAAGCUCAAGCUCAAAACUCGUCAUCUUCCCCAGGAUCUUCUCAUCAUGGGUCGAGAUAUGUUCUUCACCUACUAUGUCUCUGAUUUCAGUCGAACGUGGGACUUUUUGUACAAAUACCUAGACUAUGCUCAUGCGCCCAACCAUCUCAUCCUUAGCAUUGAAGCAGUCAGUCUUGCCUUCCUGUCUCAUCAAGUUUCAUCCCAUACAGCGAAAGAUCUUGGACGCAGAAAAUACUGUGAGGCAUUACGGAAGAUCAACAUCGCGCUGCAAGACCCUGUAGCAGCAAGAGCUACCUCGACGUUUGAAGGAGUGCUGUUACUAGACCUCUUCGAGAAGAUUAUGAAGUCGGCUUCGGAAAUCAACACAUCGCGACAUGCCCAUAUCGAAGGCGCACUCGCAUUAGUGAAAUUGCGGGGCGUAGAGUCGUUCAAGGAAGGCACGGAAAUGCGAGCGUUGAUGGGACUCUCUUUGAAUUCGACUGUAUGCUCACUCAGCACCGGCCAACCAGUCGACGAUGCCAUACGACAAAUACGAGUACAUGCAGCACAGUUUGUGAAUACCGAUCACCCGAAGUGGAAGCUCAGCGGGCUGAUGCUCGAAGUCACCGAUCUAGCUGCGGAAAUGCGAAAAGGAUGUAUGACGACGGAAGAAAGAAUAGCCAAAAGCGCCUAUUUCGAUCGAGAGCUCGAGCUCAUUGCGCUUGAGGCAAGCCCAGUUUGGACUUAUGAGCGCAAAAACUUGAGUGGAGCUGAUGGAGCAAGACUCGUACCGGAUGGGUUUCCACUUGUUUACGACGUCUAUCCGGAUCGCAUGGUCACACAGAUGUGGAAUGUCCUUCGCAUAGCACGCAUGCUUCUAUGUGAGGAAAUUAUCGCGUCCUGCGCUGUAAGCUCCGACCCCGAAACGUACGCCCAGUCUGAACGCUCAAGAACUGCCCUCUUGAACCUAGUCCAGGAAGUUGUUGCAUCAGUCCCACAAAUGACAGACUGCGAAUCGGUUGCAAAACAUAAGCUGCCUAUUGAAAGCACAGGAAAGCAACACGCACAUAGCAUGCCCCACAUCCUGGAUGUCUACAUACUAAUCUUCAGCCUAUACGUCGUUGCAUGGUCGAAAAGCUGUCCACAAGCUGCAGUUGAAUGGAGUAUCAAACAGCUACAGCACAUCGCUGAUCACUUCGUCAUCAAAGAGGCUGCCGUCAUUCUGGAAAUAUUGAAUAAGCAGAAGAUGGAAGAACUGGUCAACCCAUGGUAUAGGGUUUCUGGUCACAUAUCCAACGCCUCUGGACAUCUAUGGAUGCAGUCUGCCCCUGGUCACGAUACAUACACAAAUUGCAACCACGACACACUUCCUGAAGAAACAGAGCACGACUUCCCAGCUCUUGGUUCAAGCGAUAUGCACGACCAUCGAUAUGAGAUCCGUGAGACUAUGUUCAUGCCGGUCCAUCUUCUAGGUCCCCAAGACCCCCGGCUGUGCUACCAAGCUGCCGGUUUCGCAACAGGACCUUGGAGUAGUCUACUCGAAGCACCUUGCAACUCGUAG